AUGUGCGGGGCCAACGACCUGCCAAAUAAAGGUGGUGGAAGUGUAAACCAGCUCGGAGGGAUGUUUCUCAACGGCAGACCUCUUCCGGAGUCCAAAAGGAGGAAAAUGAUCGAGCUGGCCUCGGAGGGAGUCCGGCCGAGCCAGAUCUCCAGGAUCCUGCGGGUUUCCAACGGGUGCGUCAGUAAAAUCCUGAGCCGCUACCAGCGCACUGGACUCCUGCAGCCGAAAACCAUCGGGGGGAGCCGGCCUCGCCUCCUCACCCCCGGGGUCAUCACCACGAUCAUCCAGUGCAAAAGGGAAAAUCCAACCAUAUUUGCCUGGGAAAUACGGAAACGACUCUCAUCAGCUCGAAUAUGUAAAGCCUCCAAAGUUCCCAGCGUGUCGUCUAUAAAUCGAAUUUUAAGGAAGAUUCACUUGGACCAUGGACCGAUGUGCAUGGAGACCAAUGCCCGCAUCAGGACUGAGGAUGAUUUAGAUUCUCUGAUUCAAGAAGAGGUGAACGAGAGAAAGAUGUUUGAGGCCGUAUGCAGCAGCGACCAGAAGCCUAAAGGUGUUCAGCAGAGGAACCGAACCACCUUCACCCCGGAGCAGAGCACGGCUCUAGAGCAAGAGUUCUCUCACAGCCAGUAUGCAGACAUGUACAUGAGAGAGAAACUGUCCUCCCAAAUCAAACUCCCUGAGGAUACAAUCAAGGUUUGGUUUUCAAACAGAAGGGCCAAAUGGAGGAGGGAGGCCAAACACAGAUGUGCCGCACAGAAUCUACAGAAGCAAAGAGACGUUGUCCCUGUGAAUCCAACACUGCCACACAGCUUCACAUCUCAACAGGCAACAGGAGCAUCAAGAAUCUAUUGUGAAAACUCAGAUGUCUGCCCUACAUACAACACAGUUGCCAGGAAAUUGCAAAAUGGCUACCUCUUCCCGACAGAAACAGGUGUGAGAAAUUCUGAACAUAUGACAUCCAUCUCAGUCCCACCCUCAUUCUUCCAUCAGUCUAAUAACACGAUGGCCCAAACCAUGGCUGACAAGACUCCACUAGAUAUUCUCCACAGAGACAGAUUCACGUGUCCAUUGGUCCAGCAUCACACUGACUCAAGGACAACCCUGCCUUUAGCAGCUGAGACCCCCAGAGCCCACCUCCCUGUGAUUCAGUGCUGGAACCAGCCGGGCAUCUCUUUCACAUGGAGUCAGUUCCAACCAGAUGAGAGGUUUCUAUUCACACAGCAGCCCUGGGAUGUGAAUGCCUAUCUGGACUAA